UAAACUGUCAUGUCCGCUGUGUAGGUAAAUCUAGCGUGCAGAAUCAUUUACGGCUUUAAAAGUGUGUGUGUGUCGUUAAUUCGAGAUGUUAAAGACACGCUCCUGAAAGACAGCAGACUGUUGUAAAAGAUCAUUUAUGAGCGGAGAGUCGCUGCUGGACGGAAAACCCGCACCGGACUGUUGUGGAGGAUUCAAUAACCUGGAGUACAGUCAGAUGGACGUGUCUGUGUUUUGGGAGCUGUGGAGGCUCGUUGACCUGACGGAGCCCAGGUUUUGUGUGGCCGUUAUUGCCAUUAUCUUCAAUCCGUUCUUCUGGAAUGUGGUUGCCCGAUGGGAGCACAGGACGCGUGGUCUGACCCGUCUGUUUGGUGGGCCAUAUGCGGCCUGUUAUUCGCUGGCCGUCUUAAUCCUGCUGCUUAAUGUUUACCGGAGCCACAGCGUGACGGUGGCCAUGAAGGGACAAUCUCGCUGGGAUCUGCUUGAAAAUCUUCAGGUUUAUUAUACCGGAGCGGCUCUGAUGGCCGUCGGAUCUCUGUUGGUCAUCAGCAGUUUUCUGGCUCUCGGCGUCACAGGAACGUUUCUGGGUGAUUAUUUCGGCAUCCUGAUGGAUCAGAAGGUGACUGGUUUCCCUUUUAAUGUGAUGGACAAUCCCAUGUACUGGGGCAGCACUGCGAACUACCUGGGCCUGGCAUUAAUGAAUGCCAGUCCUAUCGGGAUCGUGCUGACCGCAGUGGUGGCUUUGUCUUACAAAGUAGCGAUCGCAUAUGAGGGACCGUUCACACAGGAGAUCUACAGGCAGAGGAGUCAACGCUGCAAACAUAAAUGAAGACCAGCAGAAGACAGCAGAAGAAGACCAGUAUACACCAAUGCAGACGCCUGAAGCUUGUAAAUCACUGAUAUACAAAUAAAAGCAUAGUUAAAGGGACAGUCCACCCAAAAAUGUAAACUCUGUCAUCAUUUACUCAUCCGUCACUUGAUACAAACCUGUUUGAGAUUCUUUCAUCUGUUGAACACAUCAUCUUAAAGGCACAGUUCACUUUAAAAUUAAAAUGUGCUCACUAUUUACUCUCACUUCAGUGUUUCCAAACCUUUAUGAGUUUCUUCCUGCUGUUGAACGCAAAAGAAGAUAUUUUGAAGAAUGCCAUUGACCAUUGACUUCCAUAGUAGGAAAAACAAACAGUAUGGUAGUCAGUGGUUCUGUUGAGCACUAAAAAAGAUAUUUUGAAGAAUGCUGAAAACCUGUAACCAUUGACUUUCAUAGUAGGAAAAACAAACAGUAUGGUAGUCAGUGGUUCUGUUGAGCACUAAAAAAGAUAUUUUGAAGAAUGCUGAAAACCUGUAACCAUUGACUUUCAUAGUAGGAAAAACAAACAGUAUGGUAGUCAAUGGAUCUGUUGAGCACUAAAGAAGAUAUUUUGAAGAAUGCUGAAAACCUGUAACCAUUGACUUCAAUAGUAGGAAAAACAAAUAAUAUGGUAAUCAAUGGUUCUGUUGAGCACUAAAGAUAUUUUGAAGAAAGCUGAAAACCUGUAACCAUUGACUUCCAUAGCAGGAAAAACAAACAGUAUGGUAAUCAAUGGUUCUGUAGAACUCUAAAUAAGAUAUUUUGGAAAAGCCGGUAACUGUUGACUUCCUUAAUAUUUAUUUUUCUACUAUGAAAGUCAAUGGUUACAGGUUUCAAACGUUCUCCAAAAUAUCUUCUUUAGUGCUCAACAGAACCAUUGAUUACCAUACUAUUUGUUUUUUCUACUAUGUAAGUCAAUGGUUACAUUUUUUCAGCAUUCUUCAAAAUAUCUUCUUUUGUCUUCAACAGAAAUAAAGACACUCAUAAGCGUUUAAUAAUGUUUAAAUAGUGAGCAAAUUCAAAUUUUCGUGUGAACUUUCCCUUUAAAUAUCAGAUUUUGAUUACGAUUAUAGAUAUAGAUAUACUAAAGAAUGCUGAGAAGUCAAAAAAAACAACUGUUGAUUUCUAUUCUCUUUUCCGACUAUGGAUGUAAAGAUAGCUACCAGUUUCCAACAUUCUUCAGAUUAUCUUCUUGUGUGUUCAGCAGAAGAUGGAAGCUCAAACAGGGUUUUAAAAAGUCUGUACAUGAUCAUCGUUUCAAACCUUUAUGCAUGUCAUUGCUUUGUUGAACACUAAAAAAGAUAUUUUGAAAAACCGGUAACCAUUGACUUCCAUAAUAUUUGUUUUUCCUACAGUCAAUGGUUACAGGUUUUCAACAUUCUUCAAAACAUCUUCUUUUGUGUUAAACAGAAAUAAAGACACUCAUGAAAGCUUAUGUCUACCUGAGGGAGAGUAAAUAGUGAGCAAACUCUCAUUUUUGGUGAACUGUCCCUUUAAAUCGAUUUAAUUGUAAUGUAGUUGAAGAUUCACCGAAAGAAAAAGUUCCAGUUUCUUUUCCUACUAUAGAUGUAAAUAGUUUCCAACAUUCUUCAGAGUAUCUUCUUUUGUGGUCAAUAGAAGAAAGAAACUCAAACAGGCUUUAAACAGUGAGUUGAUCAUUUUCGGGGGGCGUACUGUCCCUUUAAGAGCACAGCUGUAAACUGCACACAGAUGCUGCAACGGUUAAAACUGUGACUGCAAUGACAAUCCUCAACUGUAGCAAUCCAAUAUUCAGCUUUUCCUAAUCUGUAGUUUGAUCUUUAUUGACUUUAUGACUAUAAAAGAUCUCCUGGGUUCGUUCCUAAUGCACGUCCAGGCUUUAGGGGCCAUUUGUUUCAUGUUCACUCGAUGUUCUUUGCUCUUUUAUUUGAGUUUUUCUUUCCGAAGGUUAAAUAAAUGGACAUGUCCUGUUCGUUCACUGUGUA